AGUCUUGCGCAAGGCUGAUCUCUUUCAGUACUCACUGGUUGGAACAUGAGCGAACCAACCAUCAAAUCGGAGCCAGUCAUCAAACAAGAGCCAGGUGUUGGGGCUCCUAGUCCGAACAGAAUCCUGACAUCUGCUGCUCUGGCAAGCAAUGGAGGCAGCUCAUCACCUUCCUCGGAGUGGAAUGUCAUCCCUCUCAAAGCAUGUACUACCGAGGAACUACAAGACACACGGCACCAUAUUCUCAAAUUCCACACCAAGCAAGACGUCGAUGUGAUGAAGAAUUUUAAUAAACCAGUACGAAUGCACAGAAAAGAUCCUCAAAACAUUCAGUUUCAACUUUCUCGUAAAGAGAUGGAUCGCAGACGCCGCGAGAAAGUUGCGGCCAAAGCUGCUGCUGACGCUGAGUUAGACUUAGAAAAUGAAGAAAACAACCCAAAUCAUCUCAACGGCAAAGCUUCUGACUCACAUGGGAAUGGACAACAAUCUGCUGACAUGUCCCAAGUCGCUCCGGAUGGGGGCGCACGUCGACACCGCAGGAAUUUGUUCAAAAGGAAAACUAAACAAGUUCACAUGAUGGAUGAAACUAAGCGUAAGCUCAGAUACGAGGAAUACUAUCCAUGGGUUAUUGAAGACUACACUGGUGACAAUGUUUUUGUUGGAAGUUAUGAGGCAGGAUCUACGGAAUCUACUCAUGUCUUGUUUGUAUUUGACAAAAACUGUUUCAAAAUGGUACCUGCCGAAAAAGUUUACAAAUUCACUCCAAGAAACAAGUAUGCCACCUUGACUCUUGAAGAAGCUGAAGCCAGAAUGGAAAAAAAUCUGUCCGCUCCCCGAUGGCUUAUGAAGCACAUGGACGAGGGGAGCGAAAGAUCCGACAUGCGGUUCAGAAGAGGGGGUGCUGAAGCUGGUUCCUCUUCAAAUCUGCAAACAAGGCUCAACAGAAUGCGUACAGUGCAGGGCGGAAUCCAGGAUAGAGAUUCUGACCAUGACGACUUGGACUUUGAAGAAGAAUUUGCUGAUGAUGAAGAGGCCCCAAUCAUGGACGGGGAUGAGGAAGAAAACAAACUACUGGAGAAGAAGAUCAAGAAAGAAAUGCUCAAAGCUGCUCACUUUGACGGUCAGCUGGAUGGUGGAGACGACAGCGACGACCUCAAUGAUUUGUUUGAGGUUGAGAAAUCAAGGAAGGUUGAUAAAGAAGGAAAAAAAUUGAAAAAAGUUUUGAACAAAACUGAAGGGGCAGUCUAUGAAAGUGAUAAUGAAGAGUCAAAUCCGUAUGUCUCUCAGUCAGAUUUGGAGAGCAAUGAUGAUUCAGAACCUGAAGCAAACAUCAAGACAGAGCCCGUCGACGGUGAACUAGGCCGAGAAGAGCCCAGAGCACGUACAGUGUACAUUUCCAGAAUCAAUAAUUCUACGAUUGUGAUAAAUGCAACGAAAGACUUUUUGCGCCAGUUCCCGCAUGGUGAGUGGAACCCAAAUGCGAAAAAGAGGCUACAGAGUUUUGAGAGCCCUUCUCCCACCAAGAAAAUAAAGUGUGAAGAGUCAUCACCUUUGGUUCCUGGAUUAGUGCCAUCAAACUCUUCUGAUCUAGGAUACUCAGGACUAAACGGUGAACUUGUGACAACACUGGAAGUUUUGGACAUAGUGAGGCAAAAUCCCCUCACGACUAAAGAGUUACUCCUAAACUUGAGAAGCAGGAUUGGAACUCAUAAGGAUAACAAAACGCGUAUCAUACAAAUCGUGAAGCAAAAUCUCAGAUUGGCGGACGGAAAGCUACAACUUAAGGAGUAAUAGAACAAUUGGAAAGCAAUAGUGCGUUUGUAAGUAAGGGGCGAUAAAAUCUUCUGCACAAAAAGAAAAACAAAUUUGAAGCAAAAAGCAAUGGCGAACAAGUUUCACCAAGAAUUCUGAAACCAAGACAUGGAUAGUUACGUCUUGACCGUAUAUCAUCGUUUGUCAUCUUAAUCUCAAACAAAUGCAAAACUCUGUAGAGAGCCAAGUUC